AUGGAGGACUACGAGGUCUUUGAACAGUUCUUCACUCAGGAGGGCCGUCUGGCCUCCUUUCAGUCGGCGCAACCCACAACAGGCCGCAAGACAACGGGGAAAGGCAAAGCCUCCAAGGCCUUGACCUGGCCGCACAAGGGAAUCGAUGCAGAUUCUCUCGCCCGCGCUGGGUUUUACUUCAAUCCUGCCCCCGACUACCCUGACAACACCGUAUGCUUUUUAUGCCAUAAGAUGGUAGGAGGCUGGGAAGAUGGCGAUGAUCCAAUCGUAGAACACCUGCGCUUGUCACCCAACUGUGGCUGGGCAAUCGUCGCAGCAAUUGAGGCACGUACAGGAGACUACAACACUGAAGACCCGAGUCUUCCGCACAUGAUAGACGCAAGAAAAGCCACAUUCGGUGAUCGGUGGCCGCAUGAGGGAAAGAGGGGAUGGAAGUGCAAGACCAAGCAGAUGGUCGACGCCGGCUGGAAAUACACCCCGACUCUCGAAUCGGACGACAUGGCAACCUGUACCUACUGCCAAUUGGCAUUGGAUGGAUGGGAACCCAGCGACAAGCCCAUGCACGAACAUUACAAGCGAUCACCCGAAUGUCCAUUCUUCCUUUUGAUCAAUCAAUACCAGCAGGCUCCCAAGAAGACUGGCAGGGGUAAAGGAGCUAGAGCCUCCAAAGCAUCACGACUGUCGUCCCAAUCUGUAGCAACUGUUGCAUCCGAGGCACCAUCAACAUUAGACCAGCCUGCCGACUACGAGGAUAGUGUCAUGACAACUGCAUCAGUUGCAACAACUGGGGGCACAAAGAAAGGACGCGCAAAGAAGGCCACAACCACCGCCAAGGGUAGAAAAACCAAAGCCAAAAAGGAAGAGCCAGCUGAGGUGUUGGAAGAACCUCUCGAGGACGAUCUACCUCCGCCACCGAAACCCGCGCGAGGACGCAAGAGAGCUAGCGACGCAAUGGACGAUUCCGUCCUGACCAAUGCGGAAGCACCCGCACCCAAGAAGCGCGCAACUCGCGGCCGCCCCAGCAACACAGCAAAUGAGCCAUCUGUGAUCGAACCUCAGCCAGUAGAAGAUAUGACGGACGCGUCUCCCGCCCCACCUGCAAAGACCACGAAAAAGAAGGGCACCAGGACAUCAAAGAGCACUAGAAAGGUAUCGACAGCAUCCACCAUGUCAAACAAUUCUUUCCACAAUGCCGCAGAGGAGUUUCCGGACGACGAGGAACUGGAUCGACAACUGCAGGCGGAUAUGGAGAGACCGCUCUCCGACGAUGAGAUGAUCACGGCCGAUUCUGACUCGGAACGUAAGAAGGCCCCUGCGAAAGCCAAGGGGAAGAAGACGACAGCCAAGAAAGCAGCUCCGGUUGUCGAAGAGUAUACAUCGGAUGAUCAUGCCAUGUUUGAGCCGGCGCCCGCUGAGAUGAACGAUGCCGAUGCAUCUGCCGAGCUGAGACAACUUCAAGAGCAGAUGGCUGCUGAAGAGCAGGAGCCAUUACAAGUUCCCAAGAAGGGGCGCAAGGCGGGCACUAGAAAGGCAUCAAAGCAGACCAAGGCGCAAAAGGCACAGAAGGCAGCUCCCGAGCCCGAGACACAACCAGAUGCAGAGCCUUCCACCGUCCUCGAGGAUACCACAAUGGAUCAAAACGAUAUCAGUGCUAUUAGCAGUGGCACUGUUGUCAAGCAGUCUAUGGUAGCAGCUCCAGCACCGAAAAAGCGUGGCCGUCCAAAGAAAAACAGCACACAAGCUGCUCCACCCCCACCUAUCCCCCAACCAGAGCCUGAACUAGCCACCGAGGAUACACAGAUCAAGCUGCCCGCCGAGGUCGAUCAAGUCGAUUUUGCCGAUCCCUUGGAGAAGGCUGCGACACCCAGGGUCAGCUUAGGGCCUAGCAAGCCGAGAAAGAAGUCACUGCCACCCCCACCGGUACCCGAGGACGAACUUCAAGCACCCACUACACCUGGGCCUGCUGUUUCUGCUACGCCAGCCGCCAGGCAGGCUACCAUCUCGCCGUCACAGUCGCCACAGUCUUCGGACGCAGAAAACCAGCCACCUUCGUCUAGGCCAUCCAAUACAUCUGCAUCGAGCCGUGUUGGCCUGGUUCCCGAAGCCACUACCCCUGUCCAAUCGUCGCCCACCAAGCGCAAUGACAAUUUCCUUGUCGCUCUUCAAAGCAACAAGCCAUGGUCGCCUAUUGACAUUGACCUCAUCUUUGAGGAGCUUGGAAAGGAGAAUGCCGUUCCGGGAUCAAACCUGCUUAAGGGGUUGCAGCUUACUAGCCCUGAACAGAAGAUGACUGUCGAGGAAUGGAUCCAUCACAAUGCGAACCUGGCGGAACAACGGCUCAAGGUGGAAUGUGAAAUGAUGGUGUCCAAAUUUGAGAAUGCGGGUGGACAGGCCAUGAGAUCAUUAGAAGAGCUGAUCGUGGAGCAAUAA